GGAGGUAUUCAGAAAACCAUUCAGCACCCGGUAGUUAAUCACUGAGCGAAGAAAUGGUUCAAUUUGUUGUAUGCUUUGACCAGGACGUAUGGACAUUUCACUAACCUUAAAAAAGCAUUCAAAUCUUAGUCCUGUCGAACGACUGUUUGUGAAGUAAUGCUCAAAAUUUGAGCCUGAACAGCCUUAAUCUAGCCUUUUGCUUACAAUCCUUAUUUGAAAGUUAUUAUGGGUAUUACUGGGUAGUCCAAGCGGUCUUUCUAAAUCGGAUUCUUGAGGUCGUGAGGUUUCCGCAGGUCAUGGCGGGCAUCCCGCAAGCAGUCAAUGUUCACAGCACCAGUCAAAUGACUGAUAAUUUAAGCAGAAAUGAAAUAAUCCAAUGGGUUAAUCACUGUCUGAACAGCAGCUACGGUAAAGUGGAAGAGCUAUGUAGUGGAGCAGCUUAUUGUCAGCUGGUGGAUAUGCUCUUUCCAGGAACAUUAUUGUUUAAGAAAGUCAAAUUUAACACAAAGCUGGAGCAUGAGUACAUUAAUAACUUCAAAGUAUUGCAAGCUCUUUUUAAGAAACAUGGCGUAGAUAAAGAGGUUCCAAUCGAAAAGUUAGUGAAAGGAAAAUUCCAAGAUAAUUUUGAGUUUCUCCAAUGGUUUAAGCGAUUUUUCGACGUAAACUAUGACGGUCAUCUUUAUGAUGCUUUAACAGCUAGGGGAGGUGAGAAAAUUAUUGGCAGCGGGAAAACUCCAAGCAAGUCCCAACUCGAUCAGCCGCGCAAUAGCAUUUCAUCGAGUGCUAAACCUGUAGGUCAGAAACAGGUAGUUACAACUUUGCGCACCAGUCAGUCCGGUGUUUCAGGAACUCCUACUAAUAAUAAUCAUUAUUCCGCUGGCGAUAAUGCAGAAGUGGCCAUCUUGAAACAGCAAUUCGAUCAGCUUACAUUAGAGGCUGAACAAAACAAGACUACUAUUGAAGGUCUACUUCGUGAAAGGGAUUUCUACUUCAACAAGCUACGCAGCAUUGAAAUAAUUUGUCAAGAAAAUAGAAAAGUAGACUUGACUAAGAGUAUCUUUGAAAUCCUUUACGCAACCGAAGAUGGUUUCACUGCUCCCGAAGCUGAAGAACCGGAAGAAUUUUAGCUAGAUCUGCUGUUAACAACCCGGUACUCCUAAUGCCGAUUAUAGGCAAAUGUUCUUUAUUAAUCUUAUCGAUGAUAGUAGUUCUAGUACUACUGUCUCAGUUCAUUAGCACAAUCUGCCUCCCAUUAUUUGAGUGCUGAAACUGUUGAUUUUAUUUUUUGCUUUGUAUGUAUUUGUUAGCGUCUUUACUCUGCUUGUAAACAUUUUUCAGUCUCUUGGUUUUCCAUAAAACUAUUAUUAUUAAGGAACCACAUUUCUGAACUUUCAUUCUUACGUUAAAUACAGUUUUUUGCUUUUAGUUUACUCGAUGAAACAACAUCUGUCAUCAAAUCACUUCCUAAUGUCUGUUUUAAUUUCUUGUUACAAAGUUCUAUGCAAAGCUUUGGUUAUCUGUGAAAUCGCAGUACCCCGUUAUAUAAAUAUGCAUAUUGUAAAGAUUUUUGAACAAAUCUUGCGUUUAUAUGUUCAUAUAGGCUCACGUGCCCAUGUACCGGAUAUUUUUCAUAAAGAGGUUUUUGAACUUCUUUAGUUUACUACAUUUCUAUCCUUACAAUAAAUACGAUAACUGAUCAGCAUACUUUGUUUGUUAUGUAAGAUGCUAACUUCACAUACAGUACAUAAUUCCAGGCAUU